CGCUGAGAUGCGGCUGCCCUUGCUGCGCGCUUGGCCGAGCGUUCGAGCCCCGCCGGCUGCACUCGGAGCCCCUGGAGCCGCCGCGAUGGCCGCGCAGUGCGGGCAGGGCCGGGCCGUGCGCUCCGUGCUGGGCACCAUGGAGUUCGGGCGGCGGGCGGGCGCGGAGGCCAGCGGGGCCAUGCUCAAGGCCUUCCUGGGCCGCGGCCACCGCGAGCUGGACACGGCCCACAUGUACGCGGGGGGCGAGUCGGAGCGCAUCCUGGGCGCCCUCCUGGCCGCGGAGCCCCCGGGGGCAGGAGCAGUCAAAGUGGCCACGAAGGCCAAUCCGUGGGACGGCAAGACCCUGAAGGCGGACAGCAUCCACUCCCAGCUGGAGACCUCCCUCCAGAGGUUGCAGAUGAAAAGCGUGGACCUCUUCUACCUCCAUGCCCCCGACCACGAAACGCCCUUGGAAGAGACCCUGCAGGCCUGCGACAAGCUGCACAAAGAGGGGAAGUUUAAGGAACUCGGCCUCUCCAACUACGCAGCUUGGGAAGUGGCAGAGAUCUGUACGCUCUGCAAAGCCCACAACUGGAUCCUGCCGACGGUGUAUCAGGGCAUGUACAACGCCACCACCCGCCAAGUGGAGCUAGAGCUUCUGCCGUGCCUUCGGCACUUUGGGAUCCGUUUCUACGCCUACAAUCCUUUGGCAGGAGGCCUUUUGACUGGGAAAUACAAAUACGCAGACAAAGACCUGAGUCAGCAGCCAACGGGCAGGUUUUUCGGCAACGACUGGGCUCAAAUCUACAGGGACAGGUACUGGAAGGAGCAUCAUUUCCAAGGGGUGGCCUUGGUUGAAAAGGCACUGCGCGAGGUGUACGGCUCAAACCCACCAAGUAUGACCUCAGCUGCUCUGCGCUGGAUGUAUCAUCACUCAAAGCUCCAGGCGGACCGCGGGGAUGCGGUGAUCGUCGGAAUGUCCACCUUGGAGCAACUGCAGGAGAACCUGAAGUGCAGCGAGGAGGGUCCCCUCCAGGCGGGCGUGGUGGAAGCCUUCGAGAGAGCCUGGGAACUCAAUGCCCACGAGUGCCCCAACUACUUCCGCAGGCAAAUAAAUGAGGCGGGUGGGAAUUCCAAGCGGACUGGUUGUUUGUUCUAAGGGUCUCCGCAUCACUGUAUUCUUGCUGCCCAGGAGUCCCACCUCCUCUCCCCUGGGCUCCGGCCACUGUUGCCUUCAAUCAAUAACAUUUCCCCCCCCCCCC